AUGAGACUGACUUCAAAGAGGAUCAUCACCCAGACAAAUUUUGAACAGUUGCGGACAGUGAGUGACAGAUUCAAAUUCGUUGCCCGGAGCUGUAAAGAAAUCCUGGAUAAAUAUGGUGAACGAGAAGAUGGGAUAUACUACCUGACCACUAAUAAUGGGAUGAAGUAUCAGACUUUCUGUGACAUGAACACUCCUGGAGGUGGCUGGACUCUGGUGGCCAGUGUUCAUGAAAACAGCAUUAUUGGAAAAUGCAGUGUGGGGGAUCGAUGGUCGAGUCAGCAGGGAAACGAUCCAAACCUGCCAGAUGGUGAUGGAAACUGGUCCAACAGAAACACCUUUGGUCUAGUAGAGAGCGCCACGUCUGAUGAUUACAAGAAUCCAGGAUAUUACGACAUUGUUGCACAAGACAUGUCUGUGUGGCACGUUCCCAACAACUUCCCAAUGGAGCACUGGAACCUGGCAGCUAUUCUCCGCUACCACACUGAAAACAACUUCCUUCGUCUUUAUGGGGGAAAUCUCUUUAACUUGUUCAAGCACUUUCCAGUAAAGUACAACAUCGGGUCCUGCUCCAAUAGAGGACCAGCAGUUCGAAUUGUGUAUGACCAUGGAGACACGGAGUCCACUAGAUAUUUAUAUGGAACAAAUUCAAGAAAUCAGUUUGAUCCAGGCUUCAUCACUUUCAGAGCCAUAAACAAUAGAAGAGCAGCCACAGCGAUCUGCUCUGGGGUCAAACCCACAGGGUGCAACUGUGAAUGUUAUUGCAUAGGAGGAGGAGGGUUUUUUCCUGAAUCCUACAGACAGUGUGGAGAUUUUACAGCAUUUGACUGGAAUGGACUUGGAGCAACACAAGGCUGGAGUGCCUCUAAGGAAAUGACUGAGUCUGCUGUCCUGCUGUUUUACCGUUGAGAAUAUUUAUCCUAUCUAUUCCUAUAAACUUAAUGUAAUCUAAUUUCAUCCUGUUAGAGGAAUGUUUUUUACCCACUCACCAGUAGAUGGCGAUACACUACGGUAUAUUUUAAUCAGACAAACUGAAAAUAUGAGUUAAACAGGUAGAUAACUUUGGUCCCUUUGAGGAAGCUGGUUUACUGAAAACUCUAAAACUGUGUCUGAACGUCUUCCCUAGUUACUAUAUAGGGCACUAUAUAGUGGUUACGCCAUUUUAGAUGAGAUUCCCAAUGUCUAGUGGAUGUAUAAGUAUUGGACUCGAAAUUUCCCAUAAUGCACCUUGAAAAUUAGUGAUCAUCCAUGGUCACUGAACGAGUGGAUAUAUCAUGGAAUGCUUUGCGAAAGUUUUCCUUGCAAAGCUUAAUGGAAUUUGUACUGGCGGGAAUAAAGAACAAAGGUAGCGCCAGUGCCAUGCGGGGAGGCGGAGUUACGUGACCAAAGAGGACCAGAAAGUAGUUAUCAUCUUUCCAAAGGUCAGUUAACUGAGUUCACUAUAAAGUCUCCACUCUAUGUAGUGAUUGAGGGGUUAGGGGUUAGGGCGGACGUUUGGACACAACCUAAGUUUUCUAUACCUGAAAUCAGGGAAACUCUGAGAUUUCCAGUUGACAAAGAGAGUUUACUGAAUCUCUGUCUGAGUCACCAUAGUGACAUUUUCCCCAGAGCUAACCUGAUCUGGAGCAGGUUUGUUCUAAACUUGGAGUGUGAUCUGUCUUUGCUCUCCUUAGAGCCAAUCACAUUUAUUUCCUGAUUGACUCAGAUUUUUGUGCA